AUUGAAUAACAUUAUUUUUGUAACCACACUAAGUGUAACCAUAUAUAAAGAUAAAAAUAUAAUAAAAACAUAUAUACCUAUAUUUUUUAUAACGUAUUUUACUAGGGAACAAGCAAAGUUAUAUAAAUCCAUGAAAAUAGUUGCCUGCAGAAUAUGACAAGCUUUCUGGUUUUUGGACGGUAAGAUUAAGUUAACAUGGUACACUUUUUCUUCCUAAAAGCAUGGUUAAAGCAAAGAAAAUAUUCAUUUAUGAAUAUUGAAUACUUAAAAUAAUAAAAUUAAUCAAAUAGGUAUAGAUUUGUUUGUCUUUCUAAUUGACAAACAGACCUAACAAUACAUGUUUCCAUUGUAAAAUGAAUCUUCUAUCAAUAUUUUCAACCAGAAAGUCAACUACAUUUUGCCAUAAAACAGCAACCAGAGCGCAUCACCAAAAUAAAUGAACAGCGGCCUCUUUACAGGAAUUACAGUACAUACUGAACAUCUAUAGCCUAUCUUUUUUCAACUUUUAAAAUAGAAAACACUUAACCGGGAAUAUUCUGUGAAUACUUUUAAGGGUCACCUAUUUAUCUUUGUUUGUAACAAAAUAACAGUUAGCCAAAAGCUAAACUUUCUUCCAAUUGACAUCAUUCACAAUUUAACGUGAAACAAUGUCCUUUUGGAAUAUAGUUCUUAUUGAUUUAUUAUUAUUAUGUCCAUGAGAAGGAAACAUGUUGCCCAAAAGGGGUGUUUGGGUAUAAAGGUGGGGGGUUGUUGAGUCUUCUCUUUUGUUUAGAUCGCAUACAAACACCUGCAGGGAUCGCACCAAAGACUUUUGCAAAUCCUCAAGGUGGAACAGGGCUGUUGCUUCAAAAAUGUAGGCUAUCUAAUAAGAGAUAACCAUAAUUGUCAAAUAACUGGUUACCCAGAACAAUAUUAUUCUGAAACCAGUUCCUAAAGAAAACUGUUUUUUGUUUAUUUAAAAUGUCCUUAUUGUUUCAUGUAAAAUACCUGUGGUAAAAAAUGAUGUUUGUUAAUUAAUUUCCAAGAAAAAGUGCUUGUUUUUUGUUGAUACCAUAGUUACAAACAAGAAAGAAAUGUAUGCUACCAAACUGAGUGAAAAUAUGGAGGGAGAGGAUUUCUAAGAAGUUGCCCAAUCUACUAAACUUUUAAUGUAUUGUUUAACGUUUUAAAGUCUAAAAUGUUAAGGCCACCAGUUAGUUCAUUGUACAAUUAUAUAAUGUAUCUUGUGUCCAUCCAUCCAUUUUCUACCGCUUAUCCGAACAACCUCGGGUCACGGGGAGCCUGCGCCUAUCUCAGGAGUCAUCGGGCAUCAAGGCAGGAUACACCCUGGAUGGAGUGCCAACCCAUCGCAGGGUAUCUUGUGUCUGCAAACCAAAUUAAAAAGCAUUUUGUAGUAGCCUAGUGACAGUUGUGUUGUCCUUUUCUGUCGCAUGACGUCAUUUUAGUCUUUUGGUAAAUGGAUGUUACAAAAAACGAAACCAAUGAAAAGUGGUAUGAUUCAUAUAAUAAUAUGACACUAUAUAUAAAAUGUACACUAAUACGUAUAUAAAACAUUAAUAUUUAAAUAAAAUAUUACAAAGUAACUUGUUAUUGUUUAUUGUUGAUUUCAAAUAAAUUAAAUACAUUUUCAUCUUUCAAAUGUGUGAUGCAUUUUCAUUUCAUAUUUUCAUUUAAUAGCUAGGCUACAUAUAGAGUGAUAGGAAGUAAAAAAUGUACGUCAUAGAAAUCCAGGUCAAUAAGCCUAUUAUUUGAGUCCAAACAGUAUUUAUAUUGUUUAUGAGGAAUGUGGACUACUCAAAGGCACCUUUACAAUACAAUAGCACCUUCCUGAAGUCAUCAGGUUUCUAUGAUAUUAGUUUCAUGGUAACGAAAGGUAUUGACUCAGAAUAGACAACAGACGAGAAGAGCUGUAUGACUAAAUGACCAACAUUAACCCACACAGAGUCCGGUAUGUUUUAAAGAAGGACCAAUGAAUAAAUAAAUCUGGACAGCAAAAGAAGAGUUAAAUCUGACUUACACAUUCACUGCGUCCUCCAGCCGCGCCGCAGAUUUGUGAACGGCGCGUGUCGUUUGACCCGGACGCGCGCCUGACCCAUUGAUUUAGCGAUGCUUUGAUCGUGCCGUGCAAGGAUGAUGACGCGGCCACGGCGUGAUUCCCGCGUCCCCGUCAACGUAUCUGGGAAGCAACCGGGAUUCUGUGAGGUCGGCUGCAUCAGCAGCAGUCCACGCGAUUGUCAUUACAUCACCUCCUUGGCUGACAAAGAUAUCGGUUAAUUAUUUACUUUAUGGACCGACCGAAACGCGUUUUGAAGGCCUGACACAAACAUGCCCGUAGGCACCAGGUUUAACGGAAGCACGUGUUUUUUACCGAGAGGAUAAAGAGAAAGGUGGGUGACUGGCUCGCGCUCAUUGUGUUGUCGGUGAUGAUGUGAGGCGGGAUGCCAUGGCAGCGGCGGAUGUAGCAGCUAACGGGCCAGAGCCGCCCGGAACACCGGCGUCCGCGGUCUUUCCCUACGAGGAGUACGAGUGUAAAAUCUGCUACAACUAUUUCGACCUCGACCGUAGGGCGCCGAAAAUUUUGGAGUGCCUGCACACGUUUUGCGAGGAGUGCCUGCACGCGCUGCACUUGCGCGAGGAGCGGCCGUGGCGUAUCAGCUGCCCGGUGUGCCGUCACCGGACGCCCGUGCCAGACUAUCGGUUACAGAACCUGCCCAACAACACCAAGGUCACCGAGGACUUCCCUCUCUAUAUCGACUUGGACCCUUUGCCUCAAGAUGCGCUGCCGCCCCACCCGCCUCCCCUGCAUCCGGCGCUCGUGGCGCUCAGACGCGAAGAGGACGCGUCCGGUGCGUCCAUGGCGGGACACGCGACACCGUCGACCACGACGCUGUCCACCGCGACGACGCUGUCCCAAGACUCCGUCUCGCGCUACGAGAGUUGCCACAACUGUAGGCGGGUCGCGCUGACCGCUGGAUGCGUGUGCGUCAUCUUCUCUUUCCUUUCCAUGCUCGUGCUCUUGUUCAUGGGCCUGAUAUUCGUGCACAGCCACGGCGGGCCGCCCUCGCCCGCGGGACCUCUGUGCUUGUCUGUCGCGAGCAUCCUCGCCAUGGUCUCCGUGGUGGUUACGUGGCUCCUCUGCUGGCUCAAAUACAGACCGGAGCACGAGACCGGCCGCGCAUCGGCCACUGCCAACGCGAACAGGAGAAACGCGUGACAGAAAUUAUUGUUGUUCAUGUGUGCGUGUGUGUUUGAGUUUUGCAAUGGCUGAUGACAAAACCGAUGUCUAGACAGCAGGGUCGCGCACACAAUGCAGAUAAACAAUGUAUUUGUGCACUUUAGUCCAAUUUUCAAAAAAUGUGAGCAAGCAUUUGUUUUAAAGGAAGCACUUUUCAAGCAAAACAUUUCAGAACUGAUAUUAGUUCGAAUUUAAAUAUAUAUAUAAAAAAAGAAACAUGUAAAAUGUUAAGAAUACAGUAUUUGUCAAAUGUUAGUGGAUAUAGCCAUGUUACUCUGCUGGAAACCUGUGUGAACUUAACAAGUCCACGUCAAAAUAUGUUCAAAUAUUUUGUGAGGAUGCGAUAUACAGUUGGAGCCAGAAAUCUGAGACCACGGAUGCACCCUUUUUGUAGUAUUUUUAGUAAUUCCAUAAGGCAGUUUUCUUCACAUAUGAAUCAGAAAAUGAAUACCAUCUAAGUGUUAAUUUAAAUUAAAGCAUUUAUCAUUUUUAUGAUGUUUUGAGAUUGUUUCAAAGAGCAUCUUUCGUGCAUCAGUUGAAGAAAGGUAAUCUUAACUUUUAGCUGUAGUUGAGCAGCAGGUUGCCAGUAACUUACUGUAGAUUGAAUUAUUUUCCUAUUAGUACUGUUUUCAAUUUGAGUUAAACUAAAUUAAUAAUUAAAACACUUUGGCUUUUGAGAUUCAAAAAGAGCAAGAAAAUACUAGCACAGCAGCACUGCAAAAAAAUACAUUCUUCCUAAGCAUUUUUGUCUUGUUUUUUAGUAAAAAUAUUUGAAACGUCAUAAUACGGUAUAACCUAAGAUAAAAUGUAAAAUUUUAUAAAAUAAAAUAAAUAUGUAAGUUUAUGUUUAAGACAAAAUUGUAAAUUAAAUCUACAGUAAGUUACAAACCUGUAGCAAAACUACAGAAACGUUUUACUCAAUUUCACAUAUUUGCUCACAUUCCAGAAGUAGUGCAUAUUAUGAAUAUUUUUGUACGUUUUAUGUCUUGACUUAUCUGUUUCGAGGUCUCCGACUUUUGGUUGCCACUGUAUAUCAUGCAGUAUGCAAAAUUCCUGAACUGAAAGGAAAUAAUUAUUUUACACCCAUAUACUUAAAAAGGCAGAAAAUAGGCUGAUAAUCUCCAAACGGCCAUAUAACGGCUGAUGAAUGGGUCUCUCACCCGAUGGGUAUAUCCUCUCGCUGUAUUAUAUGCCAUUCAGCCUGUGACAGAGAGACGCUUUUCUUCAUAUGGAGCAAUAGCUUUAAUAUGAAAUUGUGUUUUAUACCACCUCCUUGUUCUCCAAUUCACCUAUGCAUCUGUCACGGUGAAACCGUGUCAUCUGACAACCAACUGACAAUCUCUUUUUGCUGUCGUCUUUGUGUGCUUUGACAUGCACUGCAUCACGAUACAUUAACCUUAGUGCUCACUUCAUCUUUUAGUCAUUGAUCGAAUUUGUGUAUGACACAAACCUGUGAAGCAGUCUACCUGGGUACCUAGUUUAGAAAAAAAAACCUGCAUGAUACAGAGUAGAUGUAGGAGCCAAUUCGGUAUGUUAGAGACCUUCCUUCCUUGCUUGAGAGCUUCUUAAAUCAUACUUGCUGUUUUUAUCAUCAAGGAUUGUCUAAUCUGUAGUUGAUUGCGCUGGGAACUUCACACAGAUCUGGGUUUUCGUGCAUGUGCACAUGAAUGAGAACGAGUGUUGGUGCAGAGCUCCACAGAUACUGAAGUUACUGAAACAGAUCGCUGUUAAAGAUUUGUUAAGAAAAAAAUGCACAGAGGUGAAGCAAGGAGAAAUGUGAUAUCCUAGAAGCAGUUCGAGUUUUGCAGUGUCCUCGUUCUGAUGGGAUGCAGCAGCAAAAAUCAAUGAUAAAGACUCACACUUGGAAGUCAGUGUCUAGCACUGUCCAGUGUUUACUGACCCACUUAUGAAAUCAUAAGUUUCCCUUUAGUCAUUUGUCCCGAAUGUGCAAAACUUAUUCAUGAAGCCAAACGUGUCUGGUUAACUUGCAAUCACACGUUCUUAGUAGCCAUCUGGCAGUAUUAAUAAAUAUAUACUAUUCAGAUUAUCUGUUUUGGAGUUUUGUUACAAUGAUAGCUGAGACACUUGAUAGCCUUUAUUUUUCCCUUUGUAGUGUAAAAGUCAUUCUCUGGAAUGGUAACCAAACUUGAUCCGUAUCUCUUGAGGGAACAUUUCACCUAAAAAAUGUAAUUCUGCAUUACUUAAGUCAACCCGAAACCCUCGCAUAUCUGAAAAACCCAAAAUGAGACAUUCAAAAACUCAAAAAAAAAAUCUCUUUUCCAUGGCAAAUAAGUUUUUAAAUGACAGAAGUUUCAUUUUGGGGUGAACUGCUCUCUGAAAUUAGCUCUUAUGUGCCUUUCCUUUUUAUUUAUUCGUCUGUUUAUGGAGGAAACAGACAUUUUAUUAGAAAUGAUCGAUGGGAUUUUAUAUGGGUUUACCGUUUAGUAUUUUAGGCUGUUGUUGUUGUUGUUGUUGUAAGGAAAUGUGAUGAUCAACUCAAGUCGGCCCCCUGCUGGUGGUGCUUGUGUAGUGCAAUCAUUUGUGUGUUGUGGGCUAUUGCUUACAUUUUUGUAACGAAGGUAUAAAAACUGAAAAUGUGUGUGUGUGAGGGGUAUUUGAACUAAUGCAAUGGUGAUUUUGACAGCCGGGGAACGUGCUAAAAUGUAGACUGUUUGAUGCUGUUGUCGGUAAGAAAAUAAAUGGUACAAAGCAGCACUUGUACAGGAAUUAGUGUAGUGCAGCGGUGUUAUGUAGUCACCAGCUUUACAGCUUCUCCUGCCAGAUUAGACAACAUCUAUGUCAUGAUAUUAUUCUAUACCAGGACUUUGGUUUACUGCCCUGCUUGAUCCUUAAUAUGAAUAUUCUGGUUUAUGGUGGUAAACAAGUAUAGCUGUGUUGUUCACCAGCUAAAAAACGCUGGUCAGUCUGAAUCCUUGUACUUGUCUUCUGUUCUGGUUUAGAUUCUCAGAAAGUGAGAAUUGGUGUAAACCCAAAACAUUAACUCAAUAAGGACCAAACUAUAAUGAACAGGGUAUGAUCCAGUCCUAAUGGUAUAACACACAUACUACAUACACUUGUAAUGUUCUCAUAAAAAUUAUUCAUAUUUACAAUGCUGCUCUAUGUGACCUUCUCCCUUUUUCAUGAAACUGUAGCUGUAAGUGUUUGGAUCAUGCAUUGACCCAGGGACUGUCUGGAAUGAGAUGUUUCCCUUAAUGCACUCCUGUUAGUAACUAAAGGGUCACGGGCUUUAUAAACAGCCCUUAUACUCUGCUGUCAUAUGUUUAGAUUAGAAAUUAUAAAAUGUGUCUUUUUAAUAUUAUGGCUUAAUAAUUGUUGUGAAACUUGUUUCAACUGUAUUUGCACAUUGAAAUUGUUCUGUUUACAUAUAAAAACACACCUUUUGGUUGGCUAA